CUGGUGCUGAUUGUUCUCUGAGGUCUUGGAAGUCCUGGACCAGGUUUAGAUGCUAUGUAGACCCAGCUGUGUUUGAAGUCACUUCAAAAGGUGGAUGAGAAUCAGGGCUGACCCCUGACCCCUCACCUUCAGAGUCAUCUACCUGAGGGGGCGGGGCCUGAGGAGCACAGGGUCAUUAAAAUGGCAGCGACUUCCUCCCUGCUGAGCAGAGGUCUGGGUCUGGUCCUGGUGGAGUUCAAGUACGAGUACGAGGGUCGGGAUGGGGUUCUGGUCUCCAUCAAACCCAACGAGCGCUACGUCCUGCUGGCCAAGACCAACGACCACUGGUGGCAGGUCCGGGACGACCGCAGCUCCAGGUCCUUCUACAUCCCAGCCAAGUACGUCAAGGAGCUUCCCCCCRAUUUCCCGUCCCCGCUGGACUUCGCCGACCCACUCGGUCCAGAACCUGUGCUGCACCCUGUGGUGGCUCCAGUCCCCGUUCCCGUCCCAGUUCCAAAGCCACUGGAGGAACCCACUGGGACCAAAACCAAACAAAGUGAUGAGAUGUUGAUCCGCCUCAGACCCAAUGUCUCAAACCGGAACCAGAAGAAUGAAAACCGCAUGUCCACCUUCGGAGUACCAAUGGACUUACCAGACCUGAGCCACAUGGGGUUAACAUCGAGGGUCCAAGGAAACCCUCCUGCUGGUUCUGUUGAGGCUGGAAUCACAGCUCCCAGUGGGACUACAAACAUGGCCGACAGUAAAAAGCAGCCUCACACCAGUGGGACUACAAACAUGGCCGACAGUAAAAAGCAGCUAAACACCAGUGGGACUACAAACAUGGCCGACAGUAAAAAGCAGCCUCACACCAGUGGGACUACAAACAUGGCCGACAGUAAAAAGCAUCUAAACACCAGUGGGACUACAAACAUGGCCGACAGCAAGAAGCAGUCAAACACCAGUGGGACUACAAGCAUGGCCGACAGUAAAAAGCAGCUAAACACCAGUGGGACUACAAACAUGGCCGACAGCAAGAAGAUGCCUCACACCAGUGGGACUACAAACAUGGCCGACAGUAUAAAGCAGCCAAACACUACUGGAACUACAAACAUGGCUGACAGCAAGAAGCAGCCAAACACCUGUGGGACUACAAACAUGGCCGACAGUAAAAAGUCACCUCACCCUGCGAGUCUCCUGGAGGACCAUUCAGAGUCUGGGAAACCCCGAGUUCCAAGUUUCAGUCCUGCUGAUCCUCGGACUAUGACCCGGCUCCAGAACCAGCCCAUCCCAGUUGUGACCCCGGUGGUUCCCCUCCAGAACAACAAGUCCUCCCCAGCCGAGGGUCACCAGGCCAAACAGGAGCCGGAGGAGGAAGAGGAGGAGGAGGAAGAGAUGGCCGAAGAAGAGACGAGCUCAGAGAGCGGUGAGGAGGAGGAGGAGUCACGGAGAGAGGAAGACUCUCACCACAUCUAUGAGUCCAUCCUGGAYCUGAACCUGGACCUGGAGGCUCUGCAUGCAGAACAGCAGAACCCAGCAGCACCGUCUGAACCUGCGCCACCUCCUCCUGCUGCUCCUCCUCCUGAAGCUCCGCCCACCACACUGGCAGCCCCACCCACCAAACAGGACCAAAGCUCGCUCAACUCUAGCUCGUCCAUUUAUGCCAACGUCUCCUCCCUGAAGAAAACCCCUCAGCCGCAGAUCUUGAUUUCCUCCUCUCCUCCUCCAAACCCCGCCCCAACAGCGCUAGGCCACACCCCAUCACCUUCAAGCUCCUCCUCCAGCAUGAUAAGCCCCGCCUCUCCUGUCAGCCUACAAGACGGAUGGCAGGUGCUCACUGACCCGGAGAGCGGGAGGCCGUAUUAUUACCAUCCUGUGAGCAGACAGAUCACCUGGACUGACCACCGAGGCCUUACAUCCCCCGCAGACAUGGACCCGUCCAGUCCGCUGUCCCAGGCCUCCCCUCAGGGCUCCAGUGGGUGGGAGCAGCUGCUGGAUGACGCUUCAGGGAAAAUCUACUUCUACAAUCCCAACACAGGAGCCACAUCCUGGACUGUCCCAGAACCGCUGGGCCCACCGUCCCCACCUGGGUCCACAGCCAACAGGAAGAACCAUGAAGAUGUUCCCCUUCUUCCAAAGGAGGACUAUCCUGUGGACGGGCACGAAGACGACAACGACGCCGUCUUCGUACCGCAUCCUCAGAAGCAGGGGGUCCCAGGACCCAAAACUCAGCUGGACCCAAAGGAUCCCAACUCCCCACAGAAUCUGCAAGAG